AUGGGCAGCUCGCACUUGCUCAACAAGGGCCUGCCGCUCGGCGUCCGACCUCCGAUCAUGAAUGGGCCCAUGCACCCCCGGCCCCUGGUGGCACUGCUGGACGGCCGGGACUGCACGGUCGAGAUGCCCAUCCUGAAGGACGUGGCCACGGUGGCCUUUUGUGACGCGCAGUCCACGCAGGAGAUCCAUGAGAAGGUCCUGAAUGAGGCCGUGGGUGCGCUGAUGUACCACACCAUCACGCUGACCAGGGAGGACCUGGAGAAGUUCAAGGCCCUGCGGAUAAUCGUGCGCAUUGGCAGCGGCUUCGACAACAUCGACAUCAAGUCGGCUGGGGACCUAGGCAUCGCCGUCUGCAAUGUGCCGGCCGCGUCCGUGGAGGAGACUGCCGACUCCACCAUGUGCCACAUCCUCAACCUGUACCGCAGGACCACGUGGCUGCACCAGGCGCUGCGGGAGGGCACGCGCGUCCAGAGCGUCGAGCAGAUCCGGGAGGUGGCCUCCGGAGCCGCCAGGAUCCGCGGGGAGACCCUGGGCGUCAUCGGACUAGGGCGCGUGGGGCAGGCGGUGGCGCUGCGGGCUAAGGCCUUCGGCUUCAACGUGCUCUUCUACGACCCCUACCUGGCGGAUGGCACGGAGCGGGCGCUGGGGCUGCAGCGGGUCAGCACACUGCAGGACCUGCUCUUCCACAGCGACUGUGUGACCCUGCACUGCGGCCUCAACGAGCACAACCACCACCUUAUCAACGACUUCACAGUCAAGCAGAUGAGACAAGGGGCCUUCCUGGUGAACACAGCCCGGGGCGGCCUGGUGGACGAGAAGGCACUGGCCCAGGCCCUGAAGGAGGGGCGGAUCCGCGGCGCGGCCCUGGACGUGCAUGAGUCGGAGCCCUUCAGCUUUAGCCAGGGCCCCUUGAAGGACGCGCCCAACCUGAUCUGCACCCCGCAUGCGGCCUGGUACAGCGAGCAGGCCUCCAUCGAGAUGCGUGAGGAGGCAGCCAGGGAGAUCCGGAGAGCCAUCACAGGCCGGAUCCCCGACAGCCUGAAGAACUGCGUCAACAAGGACCACCUUGCAGCUGCCACCCACUGGGCCAGUGUGGACCCCGCCGUGGUGCACCCCGAGCUCAAUGGGGCAGCCUACAGCAGGUACCCCCCGGGCGUGGUGGGCGUGGCGCCCAGCGGCAUCCCGGCCGCCGUGGAGGGCAUCGUCCCCAGCGCGAUGUCCCUAUCCCACGGCCUGCCCCCCGUCUCCCAUCCUCCCCAUGCCCCUUCUCCCGGCCAAACCGUCAAGCCCGAGGCGGAUAGAGACCACGCCAGCGACCAGUUGUAG